AUGGUGUCUGUGCUGAACUCGGUAUCCAGUUCGAUUGCUCCAAAGGUAACAAGGAGCACGAGUGUCAUUCGAGGACCUUCUCCACCUGGCUCCUCGACCUGGGAAAGGACGCAAGAUGGUGAAAUUGUAGACUCUUCCCCCGUUCACUCGGACCUUGCCGAUCAGGUAGGUUAUUCCAAUAUUACGAUCGGAAAUGCUCUGUCAAGCCUUCAUGAUUCCUUGCUACGGGUAGACGGCAACAUAGCAUCCACAAACCACGGCUCGAAAAAUGCCAUAUCGGAGCAUAUUAGGGAGAAAUAUCAGAAGUUAAUCGGCCAAUUGCCUGAAAAUGAUGUCGUGACUGACCUCGUCAACAUCUUUUUCACUGAACUGAAUGAUUGGGCAUUGGUUAUCGAACAGCAUUUCUUUAAUAAGGCUCUCUCGGCAUGGGAUUCUGCCUCCGGAUUUAUUGCCAGUGGACGACUUAACCAGAUUCAAAAUGAUACUAUUCAAUUUCCUGCUCUACUUUUCCAGCUGCUAGCUGUCGGAUUACAAAUCUCGCCGCCAGAGUCAAAAAGCUCGAAACUGCUUUUUGUGGAUGGGUCUGGGGCUCGUGAAAACUUGUCUUUUAGAUACAGCCAAUUGGCAACAAGUCUCAUGGAGUUGAUAGGAAAGAAUCGCCCUACUGUUACCUCUGUCCAGCAUAAUUUCCUCCUCGGACUUUGGCUCAAAAACCGUAGCCAGGGUACAGAAUCAUGGAGAGUGCUGAACAGUGCUGUCAGACAAGCGCAGGACCUGGGUUUGCAUAGGGAAACGAAAGUGUUCCAAAGCCCAGGUGAAGAAUUUACAGACGUCCUUGCUCGGAUAUGGUACGGCGAGUACAAAAGAAGGCUAUGGGUGAGCCUCUUCAUCUGGGAUUCACAUAUGGCAAUCAUGCUAGGAAGGCCGCGCAUCAUUCACAGAUCAGAUUGUACCGUCCCAACCCCAACCGAUUGCGAUAUUCCGACAUAUGCUUUGACGAGGAUUCCCAUGCCUUCUUCGUCGGGCUUCUCAUCGUACACUUAUCAGCUAUUCAAUUAUGCACUGAGCCACAAAAUACACGAAAUGCUGUCACUCAACUCCGUAACGUCAAACAUACGAGGGUAUCAGAAUGUUCAGCGUCUUGAGAAUGAAGUGCUGUUUAUGAUGAAUGGCCUGCCAGCAUGCCUUCGGCCAUAUAAUCCGGACUUAUCAUGGGAUGAAUCCUACCCUUAUCUUCCCCUACAACGUCUUCAGAUCGGGGUGGUGGUAAACGCCUAUAUAACUGCAUUGCAUCGACCGCAUGCAGGAAUUCAACCACUGAGUCGCGAAGCUGGCGUGAAAGCCGCAGUAGAUACUCUGGAGUUUCAACAGCGUCAGUUUGAGAUGCUAAAACCUCACCAAUACAGAAUUUACGGCUUCUCCUUCUUUACCAUCAACGCCGGUUUAUUCUUGUCCGCUAUAACAUUGGAUCAUGCACCGGGACCACAAGGAAUGCUUGGGACCAUCCUUGAUGUCUUGCGAAAAGCUAUCUACAGGCUGACCAUUAUGCAAGAACAAAGCGCUAUGGCAAAGUCGGGCGUCGAGAUUCUCACGCAAUGUCUAAAUGCUAUCACGGCAUUUGUUGACAAUAUCUACACGCCAGGAACAUCAUUCCAGAAGGAAAUUGCUCAGAAUGAGAGAAAGGAGAUCGACAUGCUGGGUAUGAGUGCGCACCUACAGGACGGCUCUGUUGGUUCAGAGCUACUCUCCCAUGGUUUAGACUUUAACGCGACGAUGCUAGAGUCGAUGGGUUUGAUUCCAGAUUUGAUGCUGGACCCGUCGCUGGGAUCAUCUGAAUGGUUUGGUUUUACAGUUUGA